AGAAACCCUAAUUAGGGCGAUUAGGGAAGGCUGAGCAACAGCGGCAUCCUUCUCCGGUUCUCUGCUUCCAUUUCUUUCUCCGGCGACGUCAGCCCCACCACCACGAGCCGCCGACCGCCUCCUUUCCUUGCCAACACCGCCGGAAACUCUUUCCUCUUCGGCGCCUCCUUCUGGUUUUCUGUCGACGUCGGCCUUCUCUCACGCACAGUGUUUCAAGGUAAGCUGUUAGAUAUUGCUCCCUUCACAAGGCUACAAUCCAGAACCAAUUUGAAGGAUUGAAAUGGAUACUGACUUUGUAACUUUGUUUAAUUCCAUUGACAUUGCAAAUUUGCUUGAUUCACUCGAAAAUACUGUAAAUACAUCUCAGUCAGGCGACUUCCUAACCUCAAUGGAUGAUGAUAGUCCCCCUUGGGAGCCUAAUUCUGAUAAUUUUGACUUAAAUGCCAUCAUUCACAAAUUUGUUGCUAAUGCUAAAAAGGCAAGAAGAACUCGGAGUCAGCUGACUCUCGACAUGCAUCAUUGUGUCAGAAUUGGUUUAUCCCAUGGAAAUAUAAGAUAUGACAAGCUUAAUAGGAUUGUGAAAAGGGGCUCUGAUAGAAUUCGACAGUUGAUUCGGAUUUAUGAUAUACCUACUAAGAGGAAUUCAGCUGACAGGAUCGAGCUUUCAAAACGUACUUUCACUUUUACUCGCUCCUUUGUUUGUUUUCCUGGUAUUGCUAGUAAGAUACUUAAAAGAUAUCCUGGUUUGGUUAAAGAUUAUCAUAGUUCUACCAUGAGAACUCCUGAAUUGCCUGCUUGCAUGAAGCACUCUGGUUUUGCUGCUUUGAUACCGAGAAAUUGCGAUGAUCUCGUUAAAUCUGCACUUGUAUCGGCUCACAUUGCUUACAUGAUCGACAUCGGUCGAAGCAUAAACCCUGGAAGGUUUCAAUCUGUGAGGGCAUCAUAUGAUAAGCAGAAGAAAAUCAGUGAGAUUACAAUGGAAGAGGGUCACAUGGCUGAUGACGGAAGAGCUGCUUAUCUUCAUUCCGUUGGCUUAUUUGAUAUUGCAACUUUCAAAACUGUUGUCACUGUUGCUAAUGAGCUUAUGAGGGAAAUAAAUGCCGACAAGAUUUCUGAAGAUGCUAUCGACGCCGCCCUUCUCUCUGUUGUCCAGAAAAUGUCUCCGCCUGAUGGUGAGAUGGGCAACUCUUCUAAGGAAGUCUUCCCCGGUGCCUCCUCUGAUGAGAUGGGCAGCUCUUCUAAGGAAGUCUUCCCCGGCGCCUCCUCUGAUGAGAUGGGCAGUUCUUCUAAGGAAGUCUUUCCCGGUGCCACCUCUGAUGAGAUGGGCAGCUCUUCUAAGGAAGUCUUCCCCGGUGCCACCUCUGGUGAGACGGGCAGCUCUUCUAAGGAAGUCUUUCCCGGCGCCACCUCUGGUGAGACGGGCAGUUUUUCUAAGGAAGUCUUCCCUGGCGCCACCUCUGCUGAGAUGUCCCCGUCGCCCCUGAACCAAGUUGGGGAUUUGGUUUCCCUGUGCUCUUCUCUUGGAAGCUCUUCUUCCCUUGGCUGUGCAGACGUAGGCUCUACAACAGAGAAGGAUGUCUUCCCCAGUGCCUCCUCUGGUGCAACGUCCCUGCACCGCGAUGCUACUACGGAGAUGGUAAGUCUUCCCAAGCGCCUCCUCUGGUGAACAGUCCCAGUAGCAUCUUCCGCAGAACCAAAGUGGGGAUUUGGUUUCCUUAUUGAAGUUUGGACUUUGAUUUUUGUAUAUGAUGUUUUGGUUUCUGUAGUCUGGGGUUUGAGGGGUCCCUUCGCAUGUCCCUGCUUGUGGGUUUGCUUUUUCAUGUUUCUGAUUUGUUCUCGGAAACAAGUCACUUUUGGGCUUAUUCUAUGUAGUAGUAACUUGUAAGAAACCUACUAAUGAUGGUUUUUGAUAUCUACAUGUUGGAGGACCAAUGAACCAGUUGUUCUUAGAAAAAACAUUAUUCAUGCA